UUAGGACUACGUAUCCCAGAGUUCCUUGUUGUCCGCCGGUCCGGUCUAAGGAAAAAAAAAAGAUGGCGGCCGUUGAUUGACUGGUGCCGCUGCUACUGCGCCUUCAAACGUCUGUAAAGUCCUCAAAAGCGGGUCAAGGCGCCCGGUUAAUGUGUCACAUCGAGGCAGCAGCAAACAGGAGACGAAGGCAGCGAUUCCAGACUGGCAGAAGGUUUUAAGGUCCAUUCCUGGAUUGCUUCCAAACACCACCGUUUGGAUAUUUUAUCACCAGUUCAUCUGGCUCAUGGACUUGAGUUCAUUACUGGGCUCACUCACUCCUCUUCCUCGCAUCAGUGUCAGUGUCAGGAGCCCUCACCCCCCGAACUUCACCCUGUACAGAUUUGAUGUCACGCCUGUCUGUUCUUCCUCUUUAUGAGUCACUUCCUUAACCAGGGUGUCCUUCACCUUUCUCCACCCACAAGUGCGAUCUCGGAACAUUAGCACGCAGCAUCACCUUUGAUUUUUUCUCUUCUGCUCCAGUGAAGCAACUGGGAGUUGUGAGAAAAAGGGCGAGGAAGGGGAGAUGUAUGAUCCGUUUCAUCCUACUGGCGGAGACAAGGAGAUAAAGAUGGAGGUGGAGCAGGAUGAAGGAGAGAAAUACGACCCCUUUGACCCAACUGGUUCCCCUGCAUCGGAAAUUGAUGACGAGGCUGAUGUACCGAGUGGGAUGAAGAAAGAGCCUGAGAGGAGGGAUGAAGAGGAAGAUCCUCCAGAUUCUACUGACACUUUGAAUGAUCUGCCAAACCCUUGUCUAGUGACACAGCUACCUCUAGUGAGGAGAGUGGGCUGCAGAAGCACCAAGAGCAGAGAAAAGAGGGACAGUGCUGACUCUGACCACUCAGAGAUAGAGGAAGGAGAGAUAGUUGGUGCUGCUGACAGGGAUGCUAACAUUAAGAGAACUGCUGCGGAGUCUCUCACCCUGGGUUCUCCCACUGUCUCCUUUUUUGGAUCAAAACCUGAACGUAUCCUCCGUGUGCUGGAUGGAGAUGGCUUUGUGUCCGUGUGUGCAGAGGGUAGCUGGGAUGUGAAUCAAGAUGACGAUGAACCUGUGGUCGGAGUGGAAGACCUAAGACGGAAGCUGGUCAGCAAGCGAAAGGAAAGGUACCUUUCCUUCCCUGCGUCUUCCUCACUCUCUCCACAGCAGCCGCCACCUCCUACACAUCCACCUGCAUCUACGACUUCUUCUCCUCUCAGACCUACUGUAGAAAAAGACGUCCAGGACCACAAAUCCAAAGGUUCCAAGGAACGAGACAAACAAAAAGGUAAAGACAAGAAGGCAGGGGAAAGGGAGGAGAGGAGAAAAAAGAGGAAAAAGGAGAAGGAGGGAGGCCAUGAGAAGAGAAUAGAAAAGGAGAAAGGGCACACCACAGAGAAGCAGGACAAGCAAAGGAGCAGGAGCAGCAGCCAGAAGAGGAAGAAAAGACGACACAGUAGUCCAGAUGUGUCACGCACGCUCAACUCUUCAGUCAGAGGAACGCACACAAGACGCUCAUUUUCAAGUCUAUCCGAAGAACAGCAUCGGGAUAAAGACAGAGAGAGAGGAAGGGAGAAGGAAAGGGAAAAAGAGAGGGAGAGAGAAAGAGAGAGGGAGAGGGAACAGAGUCAUGGCCAUAAAAGAGAUGAUAGAGAUCGAGCUUCUAGCUCCAAGAAGGAGAGGGAAAGAAAGGAAAAACACCAUUCAAGCAGCAGAGAAAGACACAUUUCAAAGAGAUCCAAAAGAAGCAAGGAAAAAAGGGAAUGUGAUCGAGAUCGGCACCAUGACAGAGACUGGAGACGAGAUGGGCGUCCUGUUGUCCCACCUUCUAUUCAGGAUCUCAAUGGCUCUGACCUUUUUGCCAUAAAGCGAACCAUUACAGUCACCACCACCACAACCACCACCACUGUUCCUGGCUCCCCAAGACUUGCCCCAAACUCGCCCUGUCGGCCCUCACAGGACUCUGACAAACCGUACAAAAGAAAGAAGAAGAGAAAGUGGCACUCGGAGGAAAACAGGAGAGUUAGCCGAAGUAAGUCACGCUCACCACCGUUGUUUCACAGCUAUGAGUCGGAUCGCUAUUCAGACAAAUUAGAAAUUGACAUGUUGUCCUUGGAUGGCGAGGCUUUAGACUCAGAUUACCCAUCUUUGGAGGACACGCCCCCUGCACCUCCCCCUCCAGAGCCACCUGCUCCUAGCCCAAAAUCCAAAACAGUCACAAAGCCAGGUAGACACCACCCAAAAAAGAAGUCCCGCACAGUGAAGAAAGUCAGCCAGGCUGAGUCACAUUCAUCUUCCAACAGGACCAAAAAUAAAUGUCUCUCCUCACUGAUGGUGACUUCAGAACCUUCCUCAGUCUCGUCAGGUCUCUCCUCCGUAAAGCGAGCCAAGAAAGUGGGAAAGGACAAAGUCCCAGAUAAAACCAGUAGAAAGGAUCCGAGCCGCUCUAACAAAACCAAGAAAGAAGGUGGGAGCGGGCGGAAAGGAAAGCUCCAGUCCAAGGUGUCUGUGCUGGUACGUGAGGGCGUGAGCAGUACCACGGGGGCUUCAGUUGGCUCGGGAAAACUUGGCAUGGAUCUUCUGGGGUCAGGAGGUACAGGAGGAGGUCCAGGGGGCUCCGUGGUGGGGGGCUCUAUUGCAGUUGUUUUUUGCAGAGACAAUGAAAGUAGGUCUCCGUUCCUCAAGCCUUGCUCAGAGCCAUUGUCCCUGACCGGACGUGGUAAAGAUCUGUCCAGUAUGGGGAAGCGGAGCAGCCUGGCUGGACCACCGUCCUCCUUAAAUAGUCCUGCAGCUUUGAAAUCCAAAAAAACAAAACCUAGCUCCAUCACAUCAACCUCCUCUUCUGCCUCCUCCCCCUCCUCAUCUUUGGCAACUAAACGCCGCCGACGCCUGGCCAAGAAGACCAGGCAAAAAGCCGGAGCUUCAGGGUUACCGGUUGUAGAUGGCAGCCAGACCACCGUCAUGUCUGAGAGCUGGGGCGGAGCCUCCCUGGAUGUUAAGUCCUCUGUCGGUGAUGGCAGCAAAGUGGUCAGUCCGCACAUUUGUCCAGCUGUUACUGCACCCUGUUCUUCCUCCUCUUCCUCCUCCUCCACCAGUGUUCUCCCACCCUCCUCUUCUCCGCCACACACGCCUCCACCGUCUGUGCCUCCUUCACGGGACACCAGAGAUUCUUCACCAGAUUCACAGACAGUGGACAGCAGCUGUAAGACUCCAGAGCCUUGUUUCCCAUCUGAGGACUGUCCGUCACAGACCAGUCCCACACUCCCGAUGUCCAGUCCGUCUUGUCUGUCCACCGCCCAAGGACCUGGACUCGGCUUGACCUUGUCUACAUCCACAGUCAAAGCUCCUCCUCCAGACGACACUCCCAAACUCCUGGUCUCACCAUCUUCCUCGUCCUCUUUGGCUGGCUGUGGUCUCUCGUCUCUUUCUCUUCCUUUGUCUUCAUCAGAUCCGUCCUCCUCCUCCGUGUCCUCUUCCUCUGUUCUUAAGCCUCCUCUCCCUCCACCUCCAGCAGCUCCUGUUCUUCCCUGGAGUUUGCAAACUGGCGUAGACUGCACAACGGGAGGCGUCCUGGCCUUGACUGCUCUACUGUUUAAAAUGGAGGAGGCCAACAUCACCAACAGAGCCAAGGCACAAGAGUUUAUUCAAGCAACCAACCAGAUCCUCUCCCAGGCCAAUCAGAGCCAGUCUCUUGAACCACCCCCCUCGGCGGCCUCCUCGUCCUCACAAAUCCCAGCUCCCUCGCUGCCUCCUCCUCCUCCUCCCCCUCCAGGGCUCAGUCCAACUCAGUUCAUCCUCCACAGCUCCCUCCCGUUGGUUGGCUGCACCAAAACUCCACCCUCUCACCUGCACCCGUCCAUAGGUGGUGGCUGUGUGCAGACGCCACCACCGAUCAUACCGGUGGGGCUUUCAGGAGUGACUGGGAGCUCUGGGGACACUGGGUGGGACAGUGAGACCAAAGACCCCGACAAGUAUCUAAAAAAGCUGCACACCCAGGAGCGAGCAGUGGAGGAGGUGAAACUUGCCAUCAAACCUUAUUAUCAACGCAAAGACAUCAACAAGGACGAGUACAAAGACAUCCUCAGGAAAGCAGUGCAUAAGAUCUGCCACAGCCGCACUGGAGAAAUAAACCCAGUUAAAGUCAGCAACCUAGUGAAAUUAUAUGUCCAGCGUUACAAGUACUUCCGGAAACACGGACGCAAAAUGGAUGACGAAGAAAGGAACGACAGGGAAAUGGGAGCCCUGCAUUCAUCUGCAUGAGAGACUUUUUUACUAAUUCCUCUCCCGCACCUUCAGCUCCAGACCUGGUCUUUGCUCUGAGUUUUUUGUGUGAUAUUUUCUUGCUUUCCUUCAUAGCCCAUACCCUUUAUGUGUUUAUCUAAUGGUUAUCCCUUUUCUUGUCUCUGAUCACAAUGUAAAUAUGUCUUACUUAUAAAUGUAUCAUGUACAAUGCUGAGGAUGCACACUUUUAUCAUGGACAAGUGUGUUAUCAAAAAGUCCACUACAGUGACCAUGCAAUAAAACACCACCUUUCUGAAAACACUGA